ACCGAUCACUGUGGAGCCAGGUAUCCUAGCCUCAAUUGACUUCAAUUCUUCGAACUUGGAAGCUACCCAAGUACGACGCUACCACAACCACCAAUCUCAUCUUCUUUUCUUUUGUUUCGUCGUGACGGUCCCCAAACCACAUCCCAAAACACUCAUCUAGGAGAUUAUAAAGCGCCGAGACGUGUCAUGACUCCAAGUCUAAAUGACUGAAAUAUACCCUACUAUUGCGCAGUGCGCAGUAGUUGCGACUGCUUUUAAGAUCCUCCUCUUCCCUGCAUACAAAUCCACCGACUUCGAGGUGCAUCGGAAUUGGCUAGCUAUUACGAAUAGCCUACCUAUAUGGGAAUGGUAUUAUGAAAAGACUUCUGAAUGGACUCUUGACUAUCCGCCCUUCUUCGCAUAUUUCGAAUGGAUUCUUUCUCAGGUUGCGAAGCUGGCUGAUCCAGCCAUGCUUCGGGUCUACAACCUGGAGUACGACAGUUGGCAGACAGUAUAUUUUCAAAGGUUUACCGUCAUCGCUACUGAGCUGUUGUUAGUAUAUGCUCUGCAAUUGUUCGUCGAGUUUUCGCAUGGAGUUACCAAGCGCGCAACCCAAGCUGCGGCAAUCUCGGUUCUCCUUUCUCCUGGUCUUCUCAUCAUAGACCACAUUCACUUCCAGUACAACGGAGCUAUGUAUGGCGUCCUGAUCCUGUCCUUGGUUUUGGCCAGACACAAGUCCGGCCUCCUAGUCAGUGGUCUCGUAUUCGCAGCGCUCUUAUGCAUGAAGCAUAUAUAUCUCUAUCUUGCCCCAGCAUAUUUCGUCUAUCUUCUAAGGACUUACUGUCUCUCGUCCCACUCCAUCUUCCGAAUCCAAUUCCUCAACUGCGUGAAAUUAGGGUCCGGUAUCCUUAGCAUAUUUGGGUUGGCAUUCGGUCCAUUUGCCAUCAAGAGCCAAAUACCACAAAUUCUGAGCCGACUCUUUCCAUUUUCCCGUGGACUUUGCCAUGCGUACUGGGCUCCAAACGUGUGGGCCAUGUAUUCUUUUGUGGACCGUGUUUUGAUAUUCGUUGCGCCGCGGUUGGGGUUACCGGUCAAGACGGAAGCUAUCAACAGCGUCACAAGAGGUCUAGUUGGGGAUACGGCUUUCGCGGUGCUUCCCGAGAUCACUCCUAGGGUCUGCUUCGCACUCACUCUCAUCUUCCAGGUUAUACCCCUGGUGAAGCUCUUCUUACGUCCUAAAUGGGAUAUUUUCAUCGGCGCAGUCACUCUCUGUGGCUACUCCUCGUUCCUAUUUGGAUGGCACGUUCAUGAAAAAGCCAUUCUUCUCGUGAUAAUUCCUUUCAGCUUGAUUGCUCUCAAGGAUCGACGGCAUCUUAGUGCGUUCCGUCCCUUGGCAGUAUCUGGCCACGUCUCGCUUUUCCCACUACUCUUCACCCCGGCCGAGUUCCCCAUUAAGACGGUUUAUACGAUAUUCUGGUUGGUGCUAUUCUUGAUGGUGUUUGAUCGCACGGCGCCUGCUUCGAAGCGACCGAGGUUCUUUCUCUUUGAUCGUUUUGCUAUUCUGUAUAUCACGAUCAGCAUACCCCUGAUUGUAUACUGUUCAUUGAUGCACCAGGUCGUAUUCGGCAAGAGCUACGAAUUCCUGCCCCUGAUGUUCAUGAGCUCUUAUUCGGCCAUAGGAGUGGUUGGUAGCUGGGUAGGGUUCAUGGUAGUCUAUUUUACAUCGGAUUACCCUGAACUGGUACGGUCUUAAUGCCCAAUAUACAUAAAGCAAUUAUAUACAGUUCUAUAGUUCAAUGAAUUGACCUGUUCAAAA